AUGAACUCGUUCAACAAUCGCUCCAAUAUUUGCAGUUGUAACUGCACGACUCGUUCUUCAAUAAACAGCCAGUCCCUAUACAGGACGAUCCUUAAAGAUGUCAUGGAUUAUUGCCCCAGACCACACCCUAUACAGGGCGUGUCACAGUAUCGUAUUGUUCUACUGGGGCAGACAAGAAGUGGCAAAACUAGUUUCUUUAACUCUUUGAAUUCUUCAGUGCAUGGUUUCGUCACUAAUCACGCUGUCAUGAAUGGAGGACUGGGGACUAACAAUUUCCAGGAAUAUGACGUCAUAUCCCCGUCAACGGGUAAUCCAAUAGGUUGGUCAAUAACCGAUACCAAAGGCUUUCGACAAGAUAGCGAUAUAUCUGAUCUUCUAUGUAUUGUGGACGGUAAUGCCCAUGUCAGUUACCAGUUUGGCGGGUAUUCAUUUAAUUCAAUAUCGUGUACCGCUGACCGACAUCCAAAUCAAAUGGCACACUGCUGUGCUUUGGUUAUCGACGCUCCACGAGUUAACUCACUGACGUCACAGAUGUGGGAAAAGUUUAGUAUAUUGCAACGAGCAAUAUCAGCACGAGGAAUACCCUUUGUCAUACUACUCACUCAAAUCGACAAAGUCCCCAAUGGUCACCAUGGCAGCCUCCGUGACGUAUUCUACAACGAACCAAUCAGAGACAUCGUUAGAACAAUCAGCAUCAAACUGAGACACAUACCCGUCAACAGAAUUUUCCCCGUCAAAAACUACGACUCUGAAUUUCUCAUCGACGCAGACACAAGUAUAUUGAUCCUUCUAGCUUUCCGUGAAAUGUUACGUCUCUGUGAGAAACGCUUAAGUGGAGGAUUAUAUUUCUUUCCCAAAGCGCACAACUGGAAAGAUAAAAUAAGAGAGUACAUUCCUAAAAACACAAAAAUCUGGCUUGUAGGUUUAAUAGCAAUUGUAAUUUUCUUUUGUAUUGUUUUUGUAAGACCGACUUUGGUUUGGCGUAAGACGGUAGCUGCGGUGUUAGUUUCGCUCGGUGAAACGUGUUUUAUGGCCGGCUGGGCACGCACACAGCAUUGCCAUGACUUAUUCGGUGAUGAUGGUGAAGCUCACGACGAAGACCAUGAUUAUUAUGUUUGA